AUGACUCCCUCCACUAGCCUCCUGCUGCUGCUAAUGCUCGGCCUCUCUCAGGCUCUUCCUCUAAAGGAGGGAGGAGAGCAGGAAGAGAAGAAAGAAGGAGGAGAAGUAACUAUGGACAUCACCACCAAGAUUCUGACCACAAACAACGUCUCAGACAAAAUGCUGCUGGAGGGAGACAUAGUGCUUCCUAAAAACAGAAAUGCCAUGAAGUGCUGGUACAACAGCUGCCUGUGGAGCAAAGCCUCCAAUGGCUACGUUGUGGUUCCUUAUGUGAUUGGUCGAGAGUUCACCAGCUAUGAGAGGCAGACCAUCAAGACCAGCAUGAGGGCCUUUGCCAACAGUACCUGUGUUCACUUCCAGGAACGUACCAACAAGCGAGACUUCAUCAGCAUCUGUGACCACACAUUGAUGCAAUAUGCUUAA